AUGAAAGAAAACAGUCCUGUAAAAGACUAAAUCAGAAAAUAAAUAAAAAUAGACGAAUAAUAGGAUGAAGAUGAUUGUUAGAUAAUUUAAGUUAUAAGAAACGAAGUUAAGAAACCAAGCAUUAAAUGUAAGGCAUGCAAAAAAAGUUCUAAUCAAAGUAAUCUUGUUUAAUGUACUUAGUGUAAUCGACAUUUUCAUAAAUAAUGUGUAAAUUAUUCACAAAGCGAAAAAUUUUUAUGUGAUUAUUGUUAACAAAAAACAUCUAAAACUAUACAAACAAAUUCGCAUGAAACAAAAGAAAUAAAGUACAAAGAAAAUUCAUAUAAGAGUUUAUAAGAAUUUUGUUAAAAAUACCCUUAAUAUGUAAUUGAUGGAAAAGUAAAGUUUCCUAUUGAAGAUACUUUAUUAACAAUUUAUGAUUAAGCAUUUCCUGAUGCAUUAGGUUUAUAAAAGAGACCACAUCCUAGACAUUCUAAUUUAAUUCCAAAUGAAAAUUAUGAAGAUAUUUUAAUGUUUUGGAAUUUUAUUAAUUCUUUUAAUGAUUAAAUAGAAAAUAUAAAAAUUACAAAAGAAUAAUUAUAUGUACUUUUUGAUUAUUAAGGAAAAGAAGGAAGAUAUAUAUUAGACAAAAUUAUAAAAAAUCUUGUAAGAUUUCCUGUAUAGGAUAUAUUUUAUACUAAUAAAAUCGAAUGCAAUAAAGAACUUAGUGAUUAACCCUUUUUUAUUGUUUUGAGAUUUUUAAAAGAAAUAAAUUUAAUUUAGGAUGUCAUUAAUUAAAUUUGGCCUGAAUUUUUAAGAAAUUUGCAUUAUUUUUAAUAAUAUUCUAUAAAUGUAAAAAAAUUGAAAAAAUAUAAAAUUAUAUAAAAAUAUAGUUUAAAUGCAAUGAAGAAUCCUUAAAUGAAGUUUUAUAAUUAUUAGAAAAACCUAAUUUUAAUAGUUUUUAUGAAUUUACAACCAAAUAAAAAAUAAAA